GCAGACUCAUCGCAGGCUGCGGGCCCUUUAAGAGAACAGGUGCGUCCUUGACAGGUAAUAGUGGAGAAACAGGAAGUAGACUCAUAUGUUAUCAACGGCAGAGGACCACGGAGUCUUAUUUUAACACAAACAUAAACAUGACGGCUGUGGGAAAACACUUUGACCGGCCUGACUGAAGACAUGAGACAACCUUUGCUCCUUAUCAGUCUGUCGCUGGCAGCCCUCCUCUCUGCCAGGGUGCUGGCUCAGGACCAGAUCCAGAUCCAGUUUCAGACAGACCCGUUGCUGGUUCAAACUGGUACAGAGGUAGUGUUCACAGUGCUGACAGUAUCCCAGGUUUUCUCCAUGGAAUGGCAGUACCAAGGAGGAGUCACUCUGGGCGUGUGGAGCGGAGGAGCCCCAUCUAUUAACCCAGUUGCCCAGUUCCAGGGCCGGGUCACCAUCACUGCCACCCGGCUCCGAAUCGGAGGCGCCCAGCUCCGAGACGCGGGGAACUACACGGUGGUAGUGACCCCCCUCGCUACAACAGGCCUGACCACUAACUCCAGAUCGAUACAGCUGAGGGUGUUUGAUGCAGUGGACGGGGUGAGUCUGUUUGUUCCUUCGGUGGCGGUGGAGGGGAGAAACGUGUCUCUGCAGUGUACGUGGACGUCUGGGACAGAGACUACUGUCCGGUGGGGCAAAGGAGGCGUAGCCAUCACCCCGGACUCCAGGAUUACCAUCUCUGAUGGCUCUCUUGUCAUCAACCCAGCCCAGCGGGGUGAUGCCGGGGACUACACAUGUACCGUCAGCAACCCUGUCAGCGCCCAAACUGCCACAAAGAGCCUCACUGUCUACUAUGGCCCCGACACCCCUGUGCUGACCAAGGACACCUCAAAAGACUGCGUCGGGGGAGGCGAUGUGCUGGUCGGACAGACGGUGCGUCUCACCUGCAUGUCUGACUCGCUGCCCCCUGCCCUCUUCUCAUGGCAACGUGACGGACAGACGGUCGCAUCUGGCCAGCCGGACAGCGGGGUGCUCAGCCUUCAGACUUUCUCUACGGAUGAGAGCGGCCAGUACGUCUGCACGGCCAGAAACAGCAUCACUGGAGGCACGUCGGAGCAGGGGACAGACUUAGCCAUCGUAGCCACAUGUCUAAAUGCAGGGGAAGUGGCGGGGAUUGUGAUUGGCUCUUUGCUCCUGCUCUUAAUCAUCAUCCUCCUCAUCGUGCUCAUUGUCUUUCUCGUGCGAAGGAGGGGACGACAGAGACAAAAUGAUACUACUGUGCUUGUGCAGAAGAACAACCCAAAUCCCAGGCCUUUACCUCCAGAACCACAACCUAAUGGUGCAAGGGAUUUGGGCCAAGGUCCCCACCCCCCCCUCUUUUACGUGAACUCACACACGCGCAACUUAUACAGAGCCCCGCAUGAAAGCCGUGGCAACCCGCAGACACUGGCGCUGGAAGGGUUGCAUAACUCCGACCCACACCGACACAAUGGUCGUACCCACACAAAUGGACUCCCACACAAUGCCUCUCAAAAUGGCAGUGCAUUCCCACACAAUGGCAAUGACAACCCGGCUUUCACACACACUGAUGCUCAGAAUCCAAACACACAGCAGCAAAAUCCUAACAUUGUCAUUCAGACUGGCGCUGCCCAGGGCGGCGCCCAGCCGUCGGCGGUCCACGUCAACCUUAACACGCUGCCACAAUCUGCCCAGCAAGGCAACAACAGUGCACAAAUGCCCACCAUUCAUGUCAAUCUUAACUCGUACCCAACCAAUGGCCAACAGAGUCAGCAAGACAACUCAUUUCCUCUUCCCAAUACAGCCAGUUAUAAUGCUUCACAACCCCCCCAACAAAACCUGACACAUACGGGGCAGCCAGAUCCCAGAUUGCAAAGUGGGCAAUCCUAUCCUAAUCCUACUGACCCCCAGGUGAAUGAUAACGUAGAAGCAGGUCUACUAGAUCGGCUUGGACUUAUCCCGACUGGAUACACACAUCAUAACAGAAAUAACACUCCUCAGCGAAAUGCCAACACACAGACGUACCAGCUGGAGCAAGAGCCUCGUCACAGGUCUGAUAGAAACUCCUGGGAUCUCCUCCGAGGGACACCGGCGUACCCCACUGGCACGCGUCAGAGAGGACACACAUCAUCUGAGGACACCUCUGACACUACAGGCUACACUUCCCAUCCUCCCAUACGGGACGCAAGAAUGCCGAGCAGAUCUCAGCCACGAACUGAGAGCAGAAGCACUUCCCGCAGCAGAGCUCCACCCAGACGAGAUACACCAUCAGUGGACAGACAGACACGGAGUCGCUCGGCUGAUCUCCGAGGCCCAAACACUCGCAGUGUAACACAGCUUGAGGCUGAACACCACACACAGAGAAGCCCCCACACACAAAGGAGGAGCGCUCAGCGAGACAUCAGUGGUCCGCCUCGUAGCCAGACUGCCCCCAGGCAGGAAGCCACACACAGAAAUAACCCCCAGGCACUACCUCUCAUGAGCCAGCAGGCCUCUGUAGGCCGCUCUGCUGUGUCACAAGGACCAGUGAAACAACAGGCAGCGACUGCACCGCGGGGUGUGGAUUCAAGAGCUUUGGCUGAUCCUAAUCACCUUCCACAGGCACACGUGGCCCAGCAACACAGAGCAGAACCGAUCCAAACACCACCACAAGGUCUGGGCAAACAGACACAGCCUGUCAUAAAUGGUGCCAGUCAACCUCGCCAAGGAGGCACUGCUCCAGUCCCGUACUCUCCUGCCCAACGUAAUCCCAGUACCCUAACCCAGGCUGCACUUACAGCCCACACCGAGAGGACUCAGACAUUUCAGAAUCGGAGACAACAGACCCAGGCCGCCCUGCUCCACCCUGGACCACAGGCACGUGUCCCUGUUGCUGGGGCUCAGCACCCACCAACUCCUCCUCCUGUUAUCCCCCUCGAACAGUUUCAGACCCUCCCCAAGAAACACACCCAGCACAGAUCCCCAAUUAGAGGCCCUCAGCCCCCCAGACCACCUGUUAACAUACCUGUGGCUCAACGACCCCGACCAGCACAACACAGGCCCGCCAACCAUCAUCACCAUCCUGGAAAUGGCCACGUGCAUGUCAAUGCACACAGACACGCUCAUGCUCGUGGCCACGGGCACCCUGCCCACUUCACCCACCCACAGCAGCAUCAGACUCACAGAGGGAGACCAAGAUGAUGACAGAUGUCAGCAGACUACACUCCACAACUGUCCCGCAUCCACUGUCACAGACAAACAGCUGACAGACGUGAUCCAAUAUACCACCGAGCGAGACUGACUGCACAAGGUUCUGCUCUCAAAAAAAGCUGUCAUACCCUGGAAUCUGAGUCAGAAAGUCAGUUUUUUUUAUGAAAGAAAUGAGCAUGUCUCCCAUGGGGAUGAUGAAAUGUAACUUUUUGGAAAUCAGUCCUGCUUUCUUAGAAAGAAAUGACAAAUUGUCUCAAAAGAGGCUCGAACUGCACCUCUUUAAAAUGUACUGAAUUAAAUAAGCAAAAUGAUACUGAGAGUUUUAGAUAAAAUGCUCCCCCAUCAACAACCUCUCUCUCCAAGCAUGCACACACGCACACACACACACACACACACACACACACACACACACACACACACACACACACGUACUAUACAAUUUUACUUCUGAAGCACUGGUCAUGCAUCAAACUUUGCCAAGAGCCUGCUCAGAGUAGACAAGUUCAGUGAUCCAUGGCUCUUGACCAAGCCCACAUCCUCUCAUCCAUUCGUCAUCGAAACUAAACAACACUACCUUGACAAAAUGCCCUUGAUGUGCCUGUAUGAAUAUCUGUGCAUGAUCUAAUAGACAAUAAAUGAGAGGGGACUCGGCCCCUGUGAACAGUGACAAUUAUGAAAGAAGAAAUUAGCCGUAGGGUUGGUCUUCAUGUUCAUGGAACUAUUUAUUUUGCGCCUUCUGUUUACAGAUGCCUCUUAUGACACUUCUCAAUUAAGGGGAUUCGCCUCAGCGGCGCUCAGAAGUAAUGCUCAGCUAACUAUGAAGGGGAUCCCACAAAUGGAUGGGCGCUUAUUAAUUAAAUGCUUUUAUGUGACUUAAAUGACUUGGAAAAUAAUCACACCCGUGCAUGAAUGAGGUCAGCACAAAGACUCGAGCUGCCACGCUUUCUGCUGAAAAAGCACAAUGUAACAAUUUACUGUCUGCACUGGGUCAUACUCGGCACAUUAAAACCAAUGGGAUGUCAUUAUUACUUUUGCAGAUUAUGUAUUUAUUGAUUUAUAAUGUCUGUGUUGUUUUUUUGAGACUCAGGAAACUUGUAAAAAUUGAUUAUUUGGGUAUCAAUGAUAUCAUUUAUGAAUAAAUGUGGCCAAAUUCAUAAGGAAGUCUGGUGAUAUUCUGUAUUUCUCUUAUUGUCAACAAAUCCCGGAUUAACUGAUCAUACUAACAACUAUCGCCUGUGCAGACAAAAUAUGAUGUGUCUCUUCUUCAGUCCCUCAGAGCUCCAUCAUUAUCCAAAAACUAAAACACACAUCAGUGAGCCUCACGGUCACACAGGGUAACAUAGUCCAUCAUUAGUAUAAACAUGGGCACUGUGAUUUUUCUAUCCUGCUGCUGUAAAUUCUCACUGGAGCUCCAAACGUGUAUUAAUCCCCAGCUGAAAAUAGACCCAAACAUAUGCAGUAUUUACAGCUGUGUGAGCAACAUUUGCAAGAGCUACAGUCCAGCUGUUUGAAGAAAUCACUUUGCUAUAGGCAAAAAAACCCUAUUUAUAUGCAACCUGUUUUUAAAGAUUUAGGUCUUCAGGAGCAACAAAUGGGCUGAAAACGAGCGAUGCAGCCAAAUCCUUCUACUUUAUUUCGGUAAAGCACAGAUAAUGCGAUGGAAACAGAUAUUAAUUCUACCCAAAGUUGCUUGUUGUUGUGUUUCAGCCAUUAUGUUACUUCAGAUCACUUCAAAUCACUUCAUAUCACUGUGAAUGACCACAAGAUGUAGAAAAGUAGUUUAGGCCUGCAGUAUCCUCCUGAGACACCAGCUUGUGUUUGGUAUGCAUUUUUAAUUGCUCCUAGCUAUUUGGGAAUGCAGGACCUGAUAAGUAUAAAAAUGAAGCAUUCUUUUUAAACAGGAAGUAGUUUUUGGGAAAAAAAGGUGCCCUAAAAUGUGGACAAUGGAUUUGUUUUUAAUAGUUGCAAGUGCGUAAUAAAUUAUAAAACUGUUUAUUUCAAUACCUGAACGUUGUUGUGCAAAAACAAAAUUACAGACACAUUUUCCCUGCUCUGUAUUCCAGUCUACAUAUGAAUGUCACACCUAAUUGGUCCCAGUGUCCUCAAACAAAUAAUUAACAGCAUUUUAGCUUGUUACUAUUGCUAACAUUGGUCAAAUUUAUAUUCCAUAUCAAACUACAGAUGUUAUUUAGCACCAUUAAACAAGUUUUAACCAUGAAAUGUGAUCAGGUUUUGUACCUUGUCCACUUUUGUGUCGGGAUCAGCUGUGGACUGAGCAUGAAAGCGUCCACAAAUGAGGACAACAGGUCUAAGUUGAGCAAAAUGAAGUAUAAGGGGCAGGAAACCCAAAAUGUGAUGUCCUGUGAAUGUGAAUGUGAUGUGUAAAUAUAUUUAAUUAUCAAUUAUGUUCCAAUAUUAAAUCAAUUUGAUGCUUUGAAGGCACAACAACUGCAUUGCCAAUGAGUAUUAGGUUAUUAGUCUUCUAUCCGAAAAACAGAUAAAGACAGACAGAUUGAUAUGUCAGUUAAACAGACAGAAAUACAGAUACUGAUGUCUCGGUACACCCCCAGUGAGAACCACAGACAGAGAAGGGAGGUCAAAUGCACUGUGAGACAAAGUUUUUAUCAGACUUGUUGACAAUAAGAAACUUUUCUUUAACAUCAAAACACAUAAACUCAACAAUGUAAAGCGGCAGGAUCAAAUACACAGCACAUCUGGUGGCUCCAACCAAACAUCUGGUGCAUGAGAUUUACUUUACUGCCUUAAAAAUGGUGCCGUUUUAGGAAAAUGAAUGCCUCUGUAUCGUCUAUACAGAUGUUGAAUAUUCAUAUUCACUGCUACAUGCACAGUGUUUAUCGUUGCUCCUCAGGAAGGAUUUGUAUUGUUUGGGCUUCAUGAAUUGCUCCG